AUGUCUAACUUUACUCCUGGAACGUUGUCUGAAUUUGAUCUUGUCCUGUCAAUCACGCAAGACGCAUUGAACGCCCAGUUUUUACAUCUUUUCUUAACUCCCCUUGCCGACGAUGACAGCAAAUACCUGAUCAAUCACUCCCUGGUUCUCAAACCAUCGCCAAAAUCCCAAGCUGGCAUCUAUGGCACUAUCGAAUGUCCUCAAGUGUUAAUGAAUCUCCCUGCCAAUGUGGACAAUGCUAGAGUGGUUAAACUUGCAUUCAAGUUUCUUACAAACUCUCCUAGCUCCCCCGGUGACCCGAGCAAAGGCGUACCGCUAUAUGGGAAGAAGCUCACAGAGGCCAACUGUUAUUAG